AUGGUUCGCAUCUUGGUACAGCCUAGCGAGCAGGCUUUAAAAGACAACUUUGAGUUUGAAUGGCUCAAAAUCUCAGGAAAUCUUAAGUUUCUUAAGUGGGUGGACAACCGCCCAAUAAAUCUUACACUACAGCACCCUGACCUCGGCAUCUCACGUGCUGAGCUCAUCUAUGCUUAUGGCAACAUGAUGCACGGCGUUCUGGCCAAAUUGGACCCGUUUGCAUACUCUCUCACGCGCAUUAUGGAGACACUCGAGCACGAGCAGCACCUGCCCUUUGCUUCGCGUAUAUCAGACUAUUUCCUGACCAAAUUCGACCCGCAACAGGAUCGCGCAAUGACAGACGCAGAGCAAGACGCGAUUGUCAAGGAAAUUAAGGCUGACAUUCGUCGCAACGUUGAGCAGCAGGACGCAAUCGAGUUACUAAACACUAUGGCUGAUGCUGUGCGCGGCACGCUACGCACGAACAAGUUUGUGCGUGAUCGCUUCGCUCUGUCACUUCGAAUGGAUCCAAAGGUUAUGGGCUAUGGCACGGUAGGCAAUGACACACCGUUUGGUGUGUUCUUUAUCUACGGUCGUCGCUUCAAAGGCUUCCACGUGCGUUUCCGCGACAUUGCUCGUGGUGGUCUCAGAAUGGUCUACCCAGGCUCCACGGAUGCACACGCGCUUGAAAGUGCUCGUCAAUACAAUGAGGCGUAUAACUUGGCGUUUGCCCAGCAGCUAAAGAACAAAGAUAUCCCAGAAGGUGGUUCAAAGGCUGUGGUGCUUUGCGAACCCAUCGUCGGACACGUUGGUGAUGUCGCUCCGCGAAAUUUCAUCAUUCGUAAAAGCGUCAAAGCCUUCUCGGAUGCACUGCUAGAUCUCAAUACGACGGACGAAGCUGUGAAGAAAAACAUUGUAGACUACUAUGGCAAAGAUGAACUUAUCUAUCUUGGUCCGGAUGAAAAUAUUAUCCCUGAAGAUAUUGUUUGGAUGACUAAACGUGCGUCAAUUCGUGGCUACCCAAUUCCACGCGCCUUUAUCAGUUCCAAGCCUGACGCGGGUUUUAAUCACAAGGUAUACGGUGUUACCAGCGAAGGCGUGGCCGUCUUUGCUGACGUGGCUCUUCGCUCUCAGAACAUUGACCCCACAAAGCAGCCGUUUACGGUGAAAAUUACUGGUGGUACAGAUGGUGAUGUAGCUGGCAACGUCAUUAAGAUUCUGCACCGCGAAUAUGGUAACAAUCUACGCGUAGUUGGUAUUUGCGAUGGCACAGGUGUUGUCGAGGAUCCUCAGGGUCUGGACAUGGGUGAGUUGCUACGUCUUGUUAACGAGUCGCUACCUCUUUCGAGCUUCGACAGUUCCAAAAUCUCAUCAACAACGGGUGUCAAGUAUGACAUCGCUACCACUGAGGGCAUUCGGGCUCGUAACACAUUGCACAACCGUGUUAAAAGCGACCUAUUUAUUCCUGCUGGUGGACGACCAAAUACUAUCAACGAGAACAACUGGCGUGACUUCCUUGAUACCGAUGGCAAGCCAUCAUCAGGCCUCAUUGUUGAAGGCGCCAACCUGUUUGUCACCCCGGAGGCACGUCAACUUCUAUUUGACAACGCCGGCGUGGUUAUUGUCAAAGACAGCUCGGCCAACAAGUGUGGUGUCGUUUGCUCAUCGUAUGAGAUCGUCGCGAGCAUGCUGCUCGAGACGGAUGAGUUUCUGGCUGUAAAAGACGAGCUUGUUAUUCAAGUGCUUGACAAGCUGCGAUCACUAGCCCGCGUUGAAGCACAGCUACUAUUUCGCGAAUACAAAAAAGACCCGUUUUCGGCCCUACCGCCCGCCAGUGAGCGCAUCAGCCGUGCCAUCACGCGUGUACACGAUGCCAUCCUGGCUCACUUUGAUGACGUGUGCGAAGAGGACAAACAAAUCCUUUUCACGCUUAUAGAAGAACACUUGCCGCCCAAGCUGCGCGAGCUGGCUCUAGACCGUGUGCACCAAAACGUGCCUACAGCUUACCUUCGCUCUAUCGUGGCCUCAAGUUUGGCCAGCAAGAUCGUGUACCGUGAAGGUCUGCAGUUCACAGAAGCCUUGCCUGAGAGCAAUUUAGGUAAGAUGGCUUUGCAAUAUUUGAAACAGGAGAAAAAGGUACAACGUCUUGUUGAGGACGUGCGCUCGUCACAGUUGCCAAACAAGGAAGACAUUGCAGACCUCAUUGCUCGCGGUGGCGUUCGCGCCGGUAUGGACACGCCCAAUUAA